ACCAAAAUUUUUAUUUAUUCAGUUGAAUAAGUAAACCAUAUAACGAGCCCACCUCACCGGUAAUAAUAUUCACACAUGUGUAGAAAAGGUUUGUGUGCAGCGAUAGCAGCUAUUUAUUACUACCACACUAAUAAUACAUAAACGUCAUAAACAUUGCUUUUUGGAGUAAUCAGGUGGCGCAACAAACAUAUAUUUAGUCGCUAGAAUCAUGGAGAAGCAUCAACAGCAACUUUUUUGGAGUACAUGUAUAGGUUACCUAAUUUUCGGUCUUAUUUUCGUAAGCAGCGUAUCUGCCAAUGUUAUUGACCAGGAGAACGAGGACGACACUUCAGGACUUUAUAACGUGGUGCUAAAUAAAUUUGCUCCAGUAUGGAAAGCUUUGGCGAAGAACGUUCAUGGUUGGAGGAAAAUUGUUACAAUAGCUGCCAUUGAUUGUGCCAACGAUGACAAUAAUCAUAUAUGUAGGGAAUAUGAAAUAAUGAGAUUUCCCAAUCUUAAAUUCUUCCCAGUGAAUACAAAGACAGGCUUUUUAGGCCUUGAGGUACAACAAAACAAGGAUGAAGAGCUUAUAACGCAAACUUUAGUUGUUCAGCUUGAAAAAGAACAGCAAGAGCAGCGUGGAGGAUCAGACUGGCCUAAUUUAGCUCCAUACCGAAACAAUGACAUUGAUACAUUAUGGACUGGAAUUCCUGCAAAUAUUGAAUAUCAAUUUCUGAUUUUUGAUGAGCCCAAUUCACAUUUAGGAGCUGAAGUUAUAUUAGAUUUAUAUGAAUUGAAUAAUGUACGAAUUAGAAGGGUCACAUCAGAAAACAUUCUUCUCCUAGAUGCGAAUAAAGUGAAUACAUAUCUCAGUAUUUUAGCUAUCAAUAAGGAUCAGACACAAACUACUUUGAAACUUGAUAAAUUAACGCGAGAUGGACUUAGAGAAACAAUUUUGGAAUUUCUAAAAUCAAAAGAAAUAUCCACAGGUGUGAAGGAUAUUUCUGAUAAUGCUACCUACCAUAAACUAAUACACAGUCCUAAAAAAAUGAAACCUAUUAAAGUAGAAGAUAAGUUGUACCAGUUAGAUUUAGAAACUACACUUCGAUAUACUUUGAAUAAUGAAAUACCACUUUCAAAGCAUAUUGAAGGUGAAAAGCUAAUAGCGCUUCAAACCUACUUGAAAGUUUUAGCUCACUAUUUUCCUGCUUAUCUGCCAAAGAUGAAUACACAGUCCCAAAAAAAUGGAACCUAUUAAAGUAGAAGACAAGCUGACCCGGUUAAAUUACAACUACACUUAUUAUAACUACACUUAUUAACUACACUUAUUUAGCAACUACACUUCGAUAUACUUUGAAUUCAGAAAUACCACUUUCAAAGCGUUUUGAAGGUGAAAUCUAAAAGUGAAAUCUAAAAGUGCUUCUCCAGCGAUUAGACCUUCUAAUCUCAAUUAUUUUAAUUAACCCUAGUGAAAUAGAAAGUUAAAAAAAAGUUUCAAUCAGGUUUAAGUGUCUGAUUGCAAAUAGUAGUUAUAUUACACACUAUCACUACAAUUAUUAAUUUAAUAAUGUUUUUAAUUUUUACUGAAAAUAAGAAUAGUGAUGGGUAUUUAUUCAAAGUGGAUCCUUCCUCACAAUAGAGAAUGAAAUGAUGCAAUUCAUAAAUUGACUUUGUAUGUUAUAGAUAGUCAAAAAAGUGAUCUUGGAAAUUUUGUGUCAAAAGUUAGAUUUUUCUUACACCCUAGUUAUUAAUCUAAUGAUGUCAUUAAAUUAACAUCAUCUCCAUUUCAUUUGUCAAGACUGGGAUAGGGUGAAUUCCCCCUAAGAGUUUAACUGCAUUUUAAAAAUAAUCGUAAUAAACCAGUAGACAUUAUUCAUAAUUUUACUUUAGACCGUACAUACAGGAAUACUGACGAUCGGGUCGGAAACAGUUGUAGACAUUUGGUUAAUUACUACUAACAGAUUUGUACCAUUUGUAGAUGAUACAAUUAAUGAAAAUAAGAAUAAUAAUCUAAAUGUUCCUUUAUCUAUAAAAGAAAACAAAUAUGAGGAUGUUUCUGUAGUAGUUAAAGGGGAAAAACAAGAAAUGUACAGAAUAAAUAAAAUAUAUGGAUAAUUAUUAAUGAUAAGCUACUACUCAUGGGCAGUGCAAGUAUAAAAAAUAUCUAUCAAUCAUUUCUGUAUAUUUAUAAAUAACCAAAAUUGUUCUUAUAUUGUUUCUAACAGUACUAGCGAUUAGUUAUCGUAUCGAGUAUUUAAAAUCUUUAAUUUUGUAAAAUUUUUUUAUGACUUUUUACAAAAAUGUAUACAAAAUAAUACCAGUAAUAAUAAAAAAUAUAACAAAUAAUAUCAAAGCGAAAAAUUAUUUUCUACACAACGUAAGAUUUCUUUAGAUGCUAUUUUGGUAUAGUCAAGAAAGAUGAUAUUUAUACACAACCAUAGAUGUGGUUUAAAAAUGACGAUCAAUUCAUCAUCUUUCUCAAUGGUAUAAACAGUACAUCAACGAACGAGCGCACAGAGCGCUUUUUUCAUAGUUUUGCGAAAAUUUAGUAUCAACUGCUAAAAUAGUAACGCAUAUAAUAUCUUUAAUAAAUGACAAUUUAUGUAAGUGUUUUGUUGAUCGAAAUAUUAUCUAUUACGUUCCCAAUAAAGUGACAUAGAUUUUUUACUGCGUUUGUUGUAUAAUCUUACACUAUCAUAAUAUUAAAGCGAUAAGCUAAAGCAAAGAAAAUCUAUAAAAAGGCUAGAGUUAAAAAUUUUCCACAUUUUUCACAUUAUAACAGUAUAAAUUUAACUUUGCCUCAGCUACGAGUCCGUUAAUCAGUCUGGCGUAAUAUUCACGAUAGCCUACAGCCUAUAGAAGGGAAAAACGAAUGUGGAGGUGU